AUGUCAAGAUCAAAUAUUCCCGAAGAGAUCCAAGAAGAGAUUUUAUUAAGGUUACCCGUGAAAUCCAUCUUAUGUUUUAAAUCCGUAUGCAAGAGUUGGUAUGAAUUACUUUCUAGUCGUAAAUUCAUCAAGGAUCACCUUAAUCUUCCCACCAAAAAACACCUUAGAAACAGAAAGAUUAUGAUCAGAGUUUAUGAUUGUUACUUCGAAGCUGAUGAUAUAUUUUAUUCCAUAGAUUAUGCUUCAAUAUUAAGGGAAGCUGUUCUUAUGAAUUACCCAAACGACAAUAAUAAUAAUUCUAUAACUCACAGUAUUUACCAUUUUAUUGUGGGAUCUUGCAAUGGCUUGAUUUUAUUAUUAGCCGAUGAUAGUGAAAAACUAUUUCUUUGGAAUCCAUCAACAAGAGAGUACAAGGAAAUUAUUAGAGCACCGGCGCCCUUAAAAAGCUAUCUUGCCUAUGGGUUGGGUUACGAUGCCAAAAGUGAUAAUUACAAGUUGGUAUGCAUCGCAACUGGCAAGUCUGAUGAUGACGAGCUUGAUGAUUUUUCUGAAGUUUAUUCAUACACAUCUGGUUCAUGGAGUAGAGGCCAAAACAUCCUUUAUGUGCAUUCUGAUAUAACUGGUGGUGUGCUUCUGAAUGGUGUUCUGCAUUGGUUAGGUGAAGCUGUACACUGGUCAGGUGAUACGGCCACUCGUGAAAAAACUAUAAUCUCCUUUGAUAUUAACAGUGAGAAGUUCAUUGGUUUACCACUUCCUGAAGAAACUAUGAAAUGCCCAGAAGAGAUAUUUGAUGUCCAAGUGCUGGGAGAUUCCCUUUGCUUAAUUUGUGGUGUCCGUAACGUUCAUUUGAUGUAUGGGUUAUGCAAAAUUAUGGUGUGA